AUGUACUAUAGAAAACAUUUCAUCAAGAUUAAAUAUUGCAAAUAUAUUGGUUACAAUCAAAAAUUAUUCGAUUUUAUUAGCGAAAACAUUGAAAGUAUCAAAUAUGAUGAUCUUAUUGAUUCAAUUGUUGAUGCUGGUUUUGAUUUUGCAGAACAGUUAUUGAUUCAUUUCAAAAAUAAUAAUAAAAAUCCGAAUGAAAUCAUAUUCUCUCUUGUUAAUAAAAGUCCAGCAUUCAUCGACAUUAUUUCUUAUCUCAGUGAUAAAUAUAAAGAAAUCAGAGAUACAAUUGAUUCAAUUAAAGUUUUAUCAUCAAAUAAUAGUCAUUCUACAAUCUUAUCGGUUUUCAAGACUAUUCUAGACAAAAGUAAAGAAAAAGACAAUAAAAUUAAAGAAUUAGAAAGUGAACUUGACACACGUAAUAAAGAUAUUACAGCACUUAAUGAUGAAUUAACGAAAUUACGAAAUGAAAAUAUUAAACUUAAACAAGACAAUUCAAACCAAAACGAAGAAUUAAUUAGAUUAAGAACAGAUGAUUUAUCUCAAAAAGAUGAAAUAGAAAAAUUAAAAAGAGAAAAUGCAUCAAAAUCAGAAGAAAUUACAAGCCUAAGAUCAGAAAAUACAAAGAACAUAGAUUUUAUAGAAAAAAUUGGAGAAUUUUUACCAAAAAUAAAGAAAAUUAAGAAUAUACAUUUAACAGAAUUAUCAUUUAAUGAAGUUUAUAAUAUAAUGAAGGAGGCCUUAAAUGAAAGGGAUUUGACAACUAUACUUUAUUAUCAUAAAAUUCUUGAAUCAAUAGCCAAACCACAAAUGGGAAAUUUAAGCGUAUUUCUAUCCACAUCUAAAAGAGGAGAUAUUCAAUUAACAAAAGAUUUUAUCGAAUGUGGUGAGAAUAUAUAUAAAACAAGUGGUAGACAACAAACUUUAAUUCAUCUGUUUGCAGAUGAAGGAAACACUGAUGCUAUUAAAUAUUUAAUGAAAUAUAAUUUUGAUGUAAACCAGAAAGAUGUUGAUGGAAACACACCACUUCAUUUGGCAGUCAUGAAUAACCAUUAUUCCACAUGCAAAUUCUUAUGCAGUCAACCUAAGAUAAGUCUCAAUAUUAAAAAUAAUGUCAAUGAAUCGCCAUUAGAUAUUGCAACACGUAGGGGUUAUAAUCUUAUUGUAGAUCUUUUAAACAUUUAUUGA